CACCCAAAACCCACAACCCUUUCCCCUUCCUCUUCCUCUUCCUCUUGUAUAUAUAUAAGCACAACCCACCAAGCUUCACUUGAAUCCAACCCACAAGCCAACCCAAUUUUACUUGCCCAAAAAUGGCGUCAAACUCAAUGAGUGCUUCCAGGAACUUCAGCUCAAGCUCGUGGACGCCCAAGCAGAACAAGUUGUUCGAGAAGGCACUGGCCCUCUACGACAAGGACACCCCUGACCGCUGGCAGAAUGUGGGUAGGGCUGUUGGCAAAUCCGCUGAGGAAGUCAAGUCCCACUACGAGCUCCUCGUCAGCGAUCUCAGGGCUAUCGAGUCCGGUCGGAUUCCAUUCCCCAAUUAUAAGCCAAGUGGCAACGCCAACUGAUCAUUUGAGCCCCCCCUCUCCUCUCCAUAAGCACUCAGGUAGCAGAAAGGGAAGAACAGUACUCCAACUUUUCUCCUCCACCAGAGCAGAGCAGGUCCAAUGCCAAGUAUUGCAAAUGAUUUCUAUUUAAUUAAAUUAAGAGUGGAUUAGCAGAUAUUUGUGAAGGUUGAGCUCAGAUUUUAAUGCAAAGAAGUUGUCGGGAAAAGACACUAAUCUUCUCCUCCUUUUUGUUCGGUUUUUACAAGAAUCAAAAUUGUAAUUUUCCUUAUUACGUGUUCUCUUUCUUACUUCAUGCGUGUAAUAUGUUUGUAUUAUUCCCUUCUUCUUAUGGAUCCGGAU